CUUACUUUGCAAGGAUUAUUAAGUGAUAUUUACCGCGCAAACAAACUGCUGAACAACUUCCAACAGUUUCUGAGCAAUCUCUUCGACCCGUUGUUUGAAGUUUCCAUAAAUCCCAACUCUAACUUGGAGCUUCACAAAUUCCUCACGCACGUAAUUGGCUUCGACAGCGUCGACGACGAGUCUAAGCCCGAGAACCCUAUCCUGAGCGAGAAUAUGAGGAGCCCUGAGGAGUGGAACGACGAAGAGAACCCGCCGUACGCGUAUUACUUGUACUACAUGUACGCAAACAUCUGCACCAUCAACCAGCUCAGGAAAGAGCAAGGUAUGAACACGUUUGUGCUACGUCCUCACUGCGGCGAGGCGGGCCCGGCGUCGCACCUCGCAGCCGGCUUCCUGCUGGCCGAAAACAUCUCACACGGGCUCGUGUUGAGAAAGGUGCCGGUGCUCCAGUACGCCUACUACCUGGCUCAGAUCUACAUCGCCAUGUCGCCACUCAGCAACAACUCUCUGUUCCUGCGCUACCACCGGAACCCGCUGCCCGAGUACUUCGCGCGGGGCCUGAAGGUCACCCUCAGUACAGACGAUCCGCUGCAGUUUCACUACACAAAGGAAGCCCUGAUGGAGGAGUACAGCGUCGCGGCGCAGGCGUGGAAGCUGAGCGCGUGCGACAUGUGUGAGCUGGCGAGACAUUCGGUCAUCAUGUCGGGGUUCCCGCAUGAAAUGAAGCAGCACUGGCUGGGCCCGCAGUACACCCGCGAGGGACCCGACGGUAACGACAUCACCCGCUCCAACGUACCAGACGUGAGGCUCUCCUACCGCCACGAGACCUUGAUGGACGAGCUAGACAACUUGUUCAAGGGCGUUAUGUAGUACCCACCUUAUCAAGAGUCCUGAACUUCCCUUUCAGAUGAAUCUUAUUUGAAACUCACACAAAUGUACCUACAUAUUAUAUUGUUGUUAUAUUUUAAUUUCACUUGUAAAUUGUUUGUGGUCAAAAUCAAAAUUUUGAAUGUCACUUAUCUGAAAUAAAUGAUAUUUACUUGA